CGCUCAUUAAACAGACCUUGAAAGCUCGAGAUAUAAAGCGUUCUCUCUCUCUUCUCCCAGUCGGAUUCUCUUGUUUGCUCAUCAGUCUAUCGUUCACUCUUUUGUUUUUUUGCUUACUUUUCAGUCCUAGUGACACACAUUCUUUUCUUGUCAUUCACUCACUCAUUCAUCUUCACCAUGAAGGCUUUCGGACUCCUCGCUCUGGCAGCGACCGCAAAGCUGGCCAGCGCCCACGCCACCGUCAUGGCCGUCUGGAUCAACGACGAAGACCAGGGCCUGGGCAACGGCGCUGACGGCUACAUUCGCACCCCUCCCAACAACUCCCCCGUCACCGAUGUCACCUCCACCGACAUGACCUGCAACGUCAACGGAGGCACCGCCGCCGCCUCCACCCUCGACGUCAAGGCCGGCGACAAGAUCACCUUUGAGUGGCACCACAACUCCCGUACCGACUCGGACGACAUCAUCGACCUUUCUCACCUCGGCCCCGUGCUGGUCUACAUGGCCGAGACUGAAAAGGGCUCCGCCGGCAACGGCUGGGUCAAGAUCGCCGAGGACGGCUACGCUGACGGCACAUGGGCCGUCAAGACCCUCGUCGAGAACCGUGGAAAGCACUCCAUCAUCGUUCCCGACGUCCCCGCUGGUGACUACCUCUUCCGCCCCGAGAUCAUCGCCCUCCACGAGGGUAACCGCCAGGGCGGUGCCCAGUUCUACAUGGAGUGUGUCCAGGUCUCCGUCACCUCCAGCGGCUCCAACACCCUCCCCGAGGGUGUCUCCAUCCCCGGUGCCUACAGCGCCGACGACCCAGGUGUGCUCUUCGACCUCUACAACGGCUUCACCAGCUACCCCAUCCCCGGCCCGGAAGUCUGGGAUGGCGCUUCCUCCGGCUCUGGCUCUGACUCUGGCUCUGCCCCUACCUCUUCUGCUGCUGCUACCUCCUCUGCGGCCGCCACUUCUGAGCCUGCUGCUACCUCCGAGCCCGCUGCUACUUCCUCUGCUACCGUCGCUCCCACCACCACCCAGGUUGUGAUCCCCACCUCCGAGCCCUCCAAGGCCCCCUCCUCCAGCUCAUCCGCCCCCGAGCCCGAGGACACCUCGUGCCCCGCCGAUGACGAGGAAGAGGACGACGACUACGAGGAGGUCCCCGCUCCUACAUCCGCCCCGGCCCCGGCCCCCACAUCCUCGGGCUUCGUCACCAGCGUCCGCCCCUCCACAACCGCUGCGCCUGCCCCCACUGAGCAGCCCUCGACUGGCGGCAGCGGCAGCAUCAAGGUCUGGCAGCAGUGCGGUGGAAUCAACUACAAGGGUGCUUCUGGUUGCGAGGCUGGUCUUACUUGCAAGCAGUGGAACCCCUACUACUACCAGUGCAUUCAGGAAUAAGCGAUAAAUUAGCUUGUUUGUACUGAGUAGGACGGAAUAGUUGUAUGUUGGAGAGCGUUAGUGUGAUUGUUUGUUAGAUAGGGAACAUUCCCGGUUUUUCCGAUUUCGUGAGGAUGAGAUUUCUAAUAUAGAGAUGUUGGUUCUUAUUUUCUUCUUCGGGUAAAAUGUUCUUUUUAUCCUUGUAGAAUUUAGUCUUUUCGGCCACCGAAUGUUGAGGCAUAAACCUGCAUGUCUCAGGGUCUGCCCCAAAUCAAUGUGUCCGACCUACCUCACCGUCGUCCGAUGUACAGUAGCGUGGCGUAUCUCGAAACGUCUCAAUGAGCGGGG